ACUGGUGAGCCUUGCGCUGUCGAGUUUCAUUCCACUUUGACUCAACAGGUACCACCAUGCUGGUUCUGCAAUGCCGGGUAUUAUGGCUCCAAAAUGCUUUGAAUGUCCCUUUGCAGCGCUGUAGUAUUCGCUCGUUGUCUCAAUCAACCGUACACCCUGACCGUGAAAAGGAAUCUGAAGUCGCCUCCAGAGAAAGUGGGCUGGAACUGAAGGAAGAAGUGAAUGACACGUCUGAUAAAGCGUGAAAAACGUCAUGCACAUACCAGGAACGAAGAUACUCCAUGGACGAACAACGAAACUAAACAUUGGGAAGAAAUAAAACAUAUCGAUUUCCCGUACAGACGUGUCCAUGCUCCUAAUCCAGUCAAAGUCGAUAAUCUAGCACAUGGAUUAGAUCGCGUCUUAUUCAAUCCUGGAGUCCAUGUUUUACAAGAUCCACGUACAAAAGUAUAUAAUUUCACACCAUUCCUCCAGAACAUUACACAGCCUAAAGAUUUCGAUUACGAUGCUUUGGCGCCUUAUAUCACAUCCUCCCGCGAUUCUUCUUUACGAGACAUGGCUAAGCAACUUGACAAGCAAUAUGUGGGAUCAACAUCCUCUAUAUCAGCUGCCUUGUCUCAAAUUUAUUUCAUGCUCUCUAAUUUUCGGCCAGUUGAUACCAGUCCUUUAUCUAAUGAUUUUCAGAAAGAGUCAAAAAAGUUCACGAGAGGUGUAAGAACGCCAGCCUCCAUCUUCUUGCGUUACCAAAAUGGAGUGUAUGCGAUUGAUGCUGACAAGAGUCAUGAUGUUCAGGAUGGUAUAUUGUCGGUUCUGGGAAAAUCAAUGGAGAAAGUUUUGACUUUGCCACCAAGUAAAUAUGAACAGUAUUUGAAGGAUGCUACGACCAAAAUUUCUGAGGAUGAAAAAAAUAAGCCUGAGGCAUACGCUUAUGGUCAAAUUGGCAAAUUUUUGUUGCGGUCGCAGCUGGACUGUUACCACUCAAAGUUGCCGAGGAGGGUGUUUGAUCUGAAGACUCGUGCCGUUAUACCUAUUAGAAUGGAUCAAGCCAAUUAUUCUAAUUAUCUAGGAUACUCUUUAACCAAGCAACAAGGGAUGUUGGAAUCCUUUGAAAGGGAAUAUUAUGAUAUGAUACGAGCAGCAUUUUUAAAAUACAGCUUUCAAGUCCGCAUUGGUCAUAUGGACGGCAUCUUCGUUGCUUAUCACAAUACGGCCAAAGUGUUUGGGUUUCAAUACAUAUCCCUCGAAGAAAUAGAUUCUCGAAUCUUUGGCAAUACUGCUACUGGCUCUACUGCUUUUCGUCAUACUGUAAGCUUGAUGGAAAAGAUUUUGGACAUUGCUACCAAAAAGCACCCAGAGCAGUCUCUUCGGAUAUCAUUAAAUGCCAGGCAAUCCAAAGAUGAAAGUCGGUCCUGGCUGAAUGUCUUUACUGAAGUCGUGCCAUCAGAAGUCUUUGACGAUAGCUCAAAGCUUGAGUCGCAUAUUCUUCGACCCUACGACUAUCUAACCAAAUACGUGGUUCAGACAAAAUCCUAUGUUGAUGGAAACUUGCAAACAGCACAUGUUAAACUUCAUCCCCAACGUUCGCAGAAAUGGGAUAUAGAGUACUCUAUUGAACAAGAUCUCGGUAAAUUCAGCACGAUAAACCAACAGUUCCGAUUUUUACGAAAAUCCCAGGCAACGGCUUUUGGACCAAACAACAAAGCCGGUGCAUCAUCAUAUUUGAAACGCUUCCAGGAUAUUAGCGAUCGUUACUUGCGGUUGGAAAAAAUGGAGCAUCGAAAGCAGGUUUUGGAUGGUUUGCGAGCUCAUCAUCGCAGUCAAACUGCAAGGGCAUGGGGUGAACUUCAGAUGAUCAAGCAACUCAAAAAGAAUGAAUUGCAAUACCUUUCUAAGCACGUAAUGCAUGCUCUGAAGGAUACCGAAAUCCAGCGCUUGAUCGACACAUACGAGGUGAAGGAUGGUAUAGAUGGGCUUCAAAAACUUGCUGCAGAGCGGCGUGCAAGUGUGCUGCAAGGCAUGCUGAGAGGUUCCAUAUCAAAAGCAUCUACACAUAUCCUUCGCAAAGCAUCAUUCUAUCUUGGAUUAAGCGUAAACAAGCCUCGUGAAACUUUGGAAAAUCAGUUAGAGGAGGUCUUGGUUGAAGGUGGUGUGGUGCUUGAGUCAAAUGAAGUAGACACAGCUCCCGCAGAUCCAGCGUCAAGCAAAAAAGCCGAAUGUCAGGAGCGGAUUGAAGAAAUAGCUACUGAAUCUGCUACCAAAGUAUCAUUACUACAAAGACUUAAAUCAAUUGCUCAAUCAAAGUCUUCCGAUACAUAGAUUAUUUUUAUUUGAAAGUUUCUCAAUGAAAUGUAUAAUAUUUUUCGAACCUUGUCUCAAUAAUCU